CCCCUUUUAUAUAUGCAGUUGGCGAAGAAGCGAGCCGACAACCUCGCUCUGAUCGACGAGUCCGGAGCGGUGGCGGCUCUGAUUCCGCUGCUCUGGUGCAGCGAUUCGUGGACGCAGGAACACGCGGUGACGGCGUUGCUGAACCUGUCUCUUUUGGAAGAGAACAAGGCGCUUAUAACGAAUGCGGGUGCGGUGAAGUCGCUAAUAUACGUGCUGAAAAGAGGGACGAAGACUUCGAAGCAGAACGCGGUGAGGAAUGACAAAAGCAUAAGAGAGACCACAAAAGAGGGCUUCAUUUUGAAAGAAAAAUCUUGGGAAGAAAUGAGCAGGUUAAUCCUUAAACAAAGAGGGUAGAGUUUUCUUCAGGUUUUUCUUCAGGUUUUUCUGAAUAAAUUUGUAAAUCCUGGAAGGUAUCGAUUAUUGUCUGUAUGUUGGUUUCAUCUAACAAAGUUGUUGGGUAUUGCAACGGUUUCUAAUUCUAUUUAGUUGUUCAUAAGUUCUCGAGGGAGUUGUGUCGUAUUGUAAAUUUUCUGAUGGAAUGAUGGAACAAAGACAGCUGAUAAUAUUUCUUUCUCAAAUUGAAGAAAUUCAAGCAU